AGCUAAUAACAGUUUUGGAGGUGUGGCAGGGGCGUUGUGUCACGGGACGCAAAGGGGCAAAGGUUACGUUUACGUUUUCCACUUGCGUUAGAAAAGGCGUAGUGCGUGAAUUCCAUCAGCUCGUAUAUUAUUAUAGUUUCAGAGAGAGCAAGCCAUGGCAGCCUACCCUCCCGUUGUGACCGGACCCGCGUCGCGCGUCGAGCUACGCAUCUCUUGCAAAGGCCUAUUCUCCGCCGACUUUCUCUCCAAGUCAGACCCAAGGGUGAUCGUCCAAACCGCUGAUUCGCGCGGCGCAUGGACUGAGUGUGGUAGGACAGAAACCAUCAAGAACCAGCACAAUCCCCAGUUUGUCAAGGCGAUAGAGAUGACCUACCAGUUCGAGUGUGUCCAGAAGAUGCGAUUCGAGGUCUAUGAUGUCGACGAUUCCGCCUUGUCCCCCGAUUACUGUCUUGGGUACAUGGAGUGCACCCUGGCAGAGAUUGUUAGUCUUCGCUCCCUCACCAAGAAACUCACGAAUGACCAGAUCACUGCUGACUGCGGAACAAUCACUAUUGCUGCUGAGGAGAUAUCUGGCAAUAAUCAACUGCUAGAACUGCAGUUCUCUGCUAAAAGUUUGGACAAGAAGGAUUUCCUUGGCAAGUCCGAUCCUUACCUUGACUUUGCACGACAGAACCCUGACGGAACCUAUUCUGCUGUCCACAGAAUUCCUCAUGUCCUCAAAACUCUGAACCCUCACUGGCCGGCGUUCAAGGUGCAGUCCCGGCUGCUGUGUGGCGGAGAUCCAUCCCGCAGUGUCCGAGUCCGGUGCUACGACUGGGACGAGGCGUCUUCCCCUGACCUCAUUGGCGAGUUCUUUACCACCAUGGCCGAGAUGGGCCAGGCAGCCGAAGGAAAGACGUUGGAAUGGGAGGCCAUUCACCCUGAAAAGAAGAGGAAGAAGAAGAACUACAAGAAACUCUGGAACUAUUUCACUCCACAGCUUCAAGGAUGUCAGAUAAACUUCACUAUCGGUAUUGACUUCACGGGGAGCAACGGAAAUCCGAGGAACCCCACCUCGCUCCACUACAUCAACCCUUCCUGUCCCAACGAGUACACCAUGGCUCUGUGGGCCGUGGGGGGAGUCUGCCAGGACUACGACACGGACAAACUUUUCCCAGCGUUUGGUUUCGGAGCUAAAGUCGGAGGCAAGGUGUCUCACGAGUUCCCACUGAACGGGGAGUGGGACAAUCCUUACUGUGCCGGGAUCCAGGGAGUGGUUCAAGCCUACCACCAGUCACUGCAGACUGCAGAGCUGUACGGACCCACCAACGUGGCACCCAUCAUCAACCACGUGGCCCAUUUCGCCGCGCAGGCUGCAGGCACCGAUCAGCAGGGACCAUCUACCACGCAGAGCUACUUCAUUCUCCUACUGCUGACGGACGGAGUUCUAUCUGACAUGAUGGAGACCAAAAUGGCGCUCAUCAAUGCCUCUAGCUACCCCAUGUCUGUCAUCAUUGUCGGAGUGGGCGGGGCUGAUUUCUCGGCAAUGGACGAACUGGACUCUGAUGAUAAAUUGUUGCGUGUUGGUGCAAUAACUGCCGAGAGAGACAUUUGCCAGUUUGUUCCCUUCAGGAAAUAUGCAUCGGGAUCUCCAGCUGCCAUGGCGAGUGCAGUACUGGCCGAGGUGCCUGCCCAAGUCACCGCCUACUUUACCAAGAGGGGCAUCCCUCCACUGAGAAUGCCACCACAGUAG